CGCGGCGCGGCGCGGGCGGCGGCCCAUGGGCAACACGCUGACCUGUUGCGUGUCCCCCAAUGCCAGCCCCAAGCCAGGCCGGCGCGCGGGGCCGGCGGCGCGGGACUGCGGGCCCGAGGGCUACGAGGCUGCUGCCGGGGACGCGGCGGCCGUGGCGGCGGCGCCGGGCGCGCUGGAGCCGGGCGAGGCGGACCUCGGGGCGGGCGAGGGCCACCACCUGCAGCACAUCAGCGACCGCGAGAUGCCCGAAGACUUAGCUUUGGAAUCAAACCCUUCUGACCAUCCAAGGGCAAGCACAAUUUUCCUGAGCAAAUCUCAAACAGAUGUGCGAGAAAAGAGGAAGAGCAACCAUUUAAACCAUGUAUCUCCAGGGCAGCUUACUAAAAAGUAUAGCUCAUGCUCAACAAUAUUUCUAGAUGACAGCACAGUCAGCCAGCCUAAUCUUAGAACCACAAUAAAAUGUGUGACCUUAGCAAUAUAUUACCACAUAAAGAACAGAGAUGCAAAUCGAUCCUUGGAUAUUUUUGAUGAGAGAUCACAUCCACUCACACGAGAAAAGAUUCCAGAGGAAUACUUCGAGCAUGAUCCUGAACACAAAUUUAUUUACAGAUUUGUUCGUACUCUUUUUAGUGCUGCACAGCUAACAGCUGAAUGUGCAAUAGUAACUUUGGUUUACUUAGAAAGGCUUUUAACUUAUGCUGAGAUCGACAUUUGUCCCACUAACUGGAAAAGAAUUGUUUUGGGAGCCAUUCUUCUUGCCUCCAAGGUUUGGGACGAUCAGGCUGUAUGGAAUGUGGACUACUGCCAGAUCCUCAAGGACAUUACAGUUGAGGACAUGAAUGAGAUGGAAAGACAUUUUUUGGAGCUACUUCAGUUUAAUAUUAACGUUCCUGCCAGUGUUUAUGCCAAAUACUACUUUGACCUUCGCUCCUUAGCAGAUGACAACAACCUGAAUUUUCUGUUUGCUCCUCUGAGCAAAGAAAGAGCACAGAACCUGGAGGCCAUUUCCAGAUUGUGUGAAGACAAAUACAAAGACUUGUGUAGAGCUGCCAUGAGAAGGUCUUUCAGUGCUGAUAAUUUCGUUGGUAUUCAGCGCUCUAAUGCCAUCCUCUCUUAAGGGAGAAAGGAGGGGUUGUA